AUUUUUUCAUAAAUCGGUUUCUGACGAAAAAAUGGAUGAAGACGUGGUGAUGAGUAGCAAUACUUCACUAAAUUUGCAACUCUGUUCUUUUUCUCCGGAUUCCCACGAGAUUUUCCAACACUAUGCUGAUGAAAACGCCCGUCCGAUCAAUGCAAUCAUCCCCCAACAGCAGAACCCUCGAAAGAAACGAACGAAGAUGACGAGGGUCGAGAAAAUGAAGGCCGAUGUUGGUGGUCAUUCAACAAGUAAGCCCAGGUAUUAUCCAAAGAAACCAGACCCCAGUGCUCCCAAAAUUACCCAACCGUGUAGUGAAUGUGGGAAGACGUUUUGGUCAUGGAAAGCCCUGUUUGGACACAUGCGUUGUCAUCCAGAAAGGUCGUGGCGUGGGAUUAAUCCGCCGUCUGAUUCAUACAAUGGGCCUGCAUUGCUCAUGGCUGCUGAUCAUGUUGGCCCGAAAUAUGCAACUACCAAAGAAGACCGCUAUGUGGCGUCAUGCUUGUUGAUGUUGGCCAAGGGGCCAACCCAAAUGGGGGAUAAUGAAGAACAGUAUUUGGGCGGUGGGCUUCAGGGGUUAUUUGAGUGUACAAGUUGCAACAAGGUGUUUGGGUCACACCAGGCAUUGGGUGGACACAGGGCAAGUCACAAGAAUGUAAAGGGCUGUUUUGCAAUAACGAGAAAUGAAGGGGGCGAGGAUGUGGAUGAACAAGAGAUGAAGGGUCAUUAUGAUAAAAUUUCCGAAGGAGGGGCAAACAGUAAUAUGCCGAUGAUGAUGAAUGUAGGUUGCAGCAGUGAACAUAAGUGCAAUAUUUGCUUAAAAGUGUUUUCAAGUGGACAGGCACUGGGUGGGCACAAGAGGUGCCAUUUGGAGAAAGAAGACGAUGCAGGAGUACCGUCGUCUAUAACAUCGCAUGGUCAUUUUAAUCCCGAUUCUACAUAUAUGCUCGAUGUGAAUGUUCCUACACCUCUACGAGAAGAUCAUUCAAGGUGUUCAAAUGUGGCUUUGGACUUACGAUUAGGACUUUGAUAUCAUCAUGUACAAGUAAUAUUGUGUUGCCAUUAGAUAUAUGACAUUAUAUAC